AUGGUUCAGCUCACUACUGUGAAAACAGAGGAAGACGAGAGUGUCCUGGAUUUGUCUUUGGAAACACUUUCUCUAGCAUAUUUUCUUUAUGUGGUGAUGUAUGUUAUUUCCCCUUACAGACGCCUCCACCUCAAUAAGAAAGCCACAGACAAGCAGCCAUAUAGCAUGCUUCCUGGUGUUUCACUUCUUAAGCCAUUAAAAGGUGUGGAUCCUAACCUGAUCAACAACUUAGAAACGUUCUUUGAACUGGAUUAUCCAAAAUAUGAAGUACUGCUCUGUGUGCAAGAUCAUGAUGAUCCAGCUAUUGAUGUGUGCAAAAAGCUCCUUGGCAAAUACCCGAAUGUUGAUGCUAGACUGUUCAUAGGUGGCAAGAAGGUUGGCAUCAACCCCAAGAUUAACAACUUAAUGCCUGGCUAUGAAGUUGCCAAAUACGAUCUCAUAUGGAUUUGUGAUAGUGGAAUCAGAGUAACACCAGACACCCUGACAGAUAUGGCCAAUCAAAUGACUGAAAAAGUAGGCUUGGUCCAUGGGCUUCCCUAUGUUGCAGACAGACAGGGUUUUGCUGCUACCCUUGAACAGGUUUAUUUUGGAACUUCACAUCCAAGGUCGUAUAUUUCAGCCAACUUAACUGGCUUUAAGUGUGUAACAGGAAUGUCAUGCUUGAUGAGGAAGGACGUCUUGGACCAAGCUGGAGGACUGAUAGCUUUUGCACAAUAUAUUGCUGAAGAUUACUUUAUGGCCAAAGCUAUAGCUGAUCGGGGCUGGAAAUUUGCAAUGGCCACGCAAGUUGCAAUGCAAAACUCCGGUUCAUAUUCUAUUUCUCAGUUUCAGUCCAGAAUGAUCAGGUGGGCCAAACUGCGAAUUAAUAUGUUGCCUGCCACAAUAAUUUGUGAGCCAAUCUCAGAGUGCUUUGUUGCCAGUCUAGUUAUUGGAUGGGCAGCUCAUCAUGUGUUUAGAUGGGAUAUAAUGGUAUUUUUCAUGUGUCACUGCUUGGCGUGGUUUAUAUUUGACUAUAUUCAACUAAAAGGUGUUCAGGGUGGUGCUCUGUGUUUUUCAAAACUUGAUUAUGCAGUAGCUUGGUUCAUCAGAGAAUCCAUGACAAUUUAUAUUUUCCUAUCUGCUUUGUGGGACCCCACUAUUAGCUGGAGGACAGGACGCUACAGAUUACGUUGUGGAGGCACUGCAGAAGAAAUUCUUGAUGUAUAGCCACAGCUUUAUAACUGUGAAUGUCAAAAAGAGAAGGGGGGGAGAAAAGUAUUAUAAAUUGUUUAUA